AUGGAAAGCAAAGGGGCCAUGCCUGAAAAGGCCAAGGGCAAAGGAAAGGAUGUUGGGACGUCGGAGGAAACAGGCGUUGCGAGUGAUGCUGGGGGCGGGGACAAUCUGCUUUCUCGCAUCGGCAAGUCAGCAGCAUCACUACCUUCAGCUUUGUUUUCAAAAGAGAACAUGGCCGGCGCAGUUUCAGGGCUAGGCAAUGGUGAGAAGGGAGAAGGCUCACGAACGGCGGCAGCAGCAGCAGCGGCAAGGGCCACGGAAAGUCUUGAACGCGUCGGUGAGAGUUCUGCCCAGCUUCACUCUGCCUCUCAUGGUGCCGAGGCCAUCAGGUCAGCCCAAACACAAGAACAUAUUGCCACGCAAGAAGCUUCUUUCGCCGCCUUUCUCAACACCACCGAGCCACUUACGGCACCCGAAGGAUCAGUUGGAUUGGAAGGGGGUUGGCAUAUGAGAAGCAGUGAUCCGAGCUCAACAGUACCAACCAUGAACGACCAAUGGACUCAUUCUCUUCCGGCAUCCACUGUCGCCGAACAGGAAGCUCGCGAUGGCAUGGAGGUCGUAGCAUUGCUCUCGGGCGAUCUGAAUCUGGAUGCGGAGCUCGCAGGGCCGGAAGAGGAUACGAUAUCACCGGAAGACAUGGCUAGCUUGCGCAAGGCUUUAUUCGGGAACGAUCUCGACAGCAGCACAUCACCCAUAGCGUGGGAUCAUGCGCUCAACUUCAUCCCGCCCUCCUUGCUAGGGUUUGAUGGUGUUCCAACGGCGCCAGAUACGAGGGAUUUGAUGGGCACGGAAGACAUGGGCGAAGGCUGGGAAGCAUGGAUCAAUCAGUGGUCUCGUGUGUUGACCGGCUAUCACGACGAGGUUUGGGGAGAUCUGGGCGCUCUGGUGGAGGAAGCAAAGAAGGAAGUGAAACAGCUAGAGGAAGUUAAGCCGGGCGAAAGGCCGCCGGAGCCAACAGCUCUCUUGCGGCUCCGCGCCAUUCUCGGACAUUUGCGGGGAGCAUAG